GCAUUUUAUUUGAGCAGUAUUUUGGUGUAAACUGAUCAACAUACAGAAUGGCCCAAAAUCGAGUGGAUUGGCAAUAUUCCUCCGCGUUUAUAGACGAGCGCCUUAAACUAUGGGAUGAAUUAAAGACUAUAUCAGAUGGCAAGAAGCGGGAGUGCCAUCCUAUUUCAGUGACUUUACCCGAUGGCACUGUGAAAAAGUGUAUGUCUAAUGAUACUACCCCCUACCAGAUAGCGCUUGGGAUAUCGGGGUCAUUAGCGCGUGAGGCUAUUGUAGCUAAGGUGAACGAUCAAUUGUGGGAUUUGAAUCGCCCAUUUGAAGGCGAUUCAACUCUUGAAAUUUUAAAAUGGGAUUCUCCAGAAGCCAAAAAGGUGUUUUGGCAUAGUUCCGCUCAUAUUUUGGGUGAGGUAAUGGAACUGGAAUAUGGGGCCCAUCUGUAUUAUGGACCGCCAUUGGAAGAGGGCGGUUUUUUCCAAGAUUCGAACUUACCAGGUGGAAGGACGAUAUCGGAUAUGGACUAUGAUCGAAUAGAGUGCUUAUUUAAGCGGGUUUGUGAGGAGGCGCAGCCAUUUGAACGCUUGGUUGUGACGUAUGACGAAGCAGUGCGUUUGUUCAGCUACAACAAAUAUAAACUUGAUAUCAUAAAGGAGAAAGUGCCAAUAGACGGGACAACAGUGGUAUAUCGAUGUGGAUAUGCAGUUGAUCUAUGUAGAGGGCCUCAUAUUCCUAAUACGUCUUAUGUGAAGGCUUUUAAGUUGGUGAUGAAUUCGGCUUCUUAUUGGAAGGGGGAUGUGAAGAAAGAUAUGAUGCAGAGAGUGUACGGAAUGUCUUUUCCGAAAAUGUCACAAAUGGAGGAAUGGAGUGAAAUGCGUCGCCGAGCACAGGAAAGUGACCAUCGUGUCAUUGGAAAGCAUCAGGAACUGUUUAUGUUCCACGAUGACUCUCCGGGUGCGUGCUUUUUCCUGCCCCGUGGAGUUGUAAUAUACCAUCGCAUGGAGGAGUUUAUCCGCCGUGAAUAUCGAAAGAGAGGUUUCUGUGAGGUGAUAACCCCUAAUGUCUACAGCGUCAAUCUAUGGCGUCGUUCUGGGCAUUGGGACAACUACAAAGACUGCAUGUUUCCGUUACGUUUUGAUGAUCAAGAUUGGGCGUUGAAACCUAUGAACUGCCCUGUCCAUUGCUUGAUGUUUGCCAACAAGCCCCGAUCUUAUCGCGACCUUCCUAUUAGGAUUGCUGAUUUUGGUGCUCUACAUCGCAAUGAACUCAGUGGCGCCUUAACAGGUUUAACACGUGUCCGUCGUUUCCAACAAGACGACGCCCAUAUUUUUUGUCUCCAGGAACAUAUUGAGUCUGAAGUUCUGAAGGCCCUUGAUUUCGUCGACUAUGUUUAUUCUGUUUUUGGCUUUAAGGUACAAUUCGAACUUUCCACCAUGCCCGAGAAGCAUCUAGGCUCCUUGGAAACUUGGGAAAAGGCAGAAGCUGCACUUCGUAGAGCUCUCGUCCUCAAACAUGGAGAUAAUUGGAAAGUCAACCCUGGAGAUGGCGCUUUCUAUGGUCCUAAGAUCGACGGCCAUCUCACCGACGCACUCAACCGCUCACACCAAUGCCCUACUAUUCAGCUAGACUUUCAGCUACCCCAACGGUUUGACCUGCGUGUUGCCCGUCCUGAUGACACCUUUGAUCAGCCUAUCAUUAUUCACCGAGCCAUUUUUGGGUCUUUUGAACGCUUUUUUGCCAUACUCGUUGAGCAUAAUGCCGGAAAAUGGCCAUUCUGGCUGUCGCCCAGACAAUGCAUUGUAAUGUCUGUAUCGGCGAAAUCCGCUGACUACGCAUCCGAUGUUCAAAAGAAGAUAUAUGAGGCCGGCUAUGAAUGCGAGUUGGACGUAUCGAUGCAUCUACUGAAGAAGAAGAUUCGUGAUGCACAAGUUUCGCAGUUUAAUUUUAUUGCCGUAGUCGGCUCGGUCGAACAGGAGAAGAAUACGGUGAGCCUUCGUUUCCGUGACACGCCUGAAACAAAAGAGAUGAAAGUCGAUGAGUUGAUCAGUUACUUCAACAGUUUACGUGACAACUAUAAAUAAAGUGCUAUGGUAGAUGUAUUGUUUCAGCUUUACAGCUUUUGUGCUGAUCAGGUUUAAA